CAAAAGAACUAGCUGGGUGUUUUUCUUCAAGAGUAGUAUAAAUAGUUAGUACAAUUCUAGGGAUGGUAUCAAAUUCGAUUCAUUCGUUAAACACUCAAGAAGUAACAACUUUUUACAAACAACCAAACAAUAUGUUCAAAUUCGUGAUUCUUUUUGCUGUCAUUGCCGCUGCUGCUGCAGGAUUAGUUCCAGCUGUGUCUACUCCUCUUUUGGGCAGAUUAAUUCCUCAGCCAUCUUUGGCUCCUGCCAAUACUGAACAUGCUGGCUAUGUCAGUGGAUUGACACCAAUUGCCCAUCAAUAUGUAUCAUUGCCAGCUGCCUACUCAGCAGUUUAUGCAGCUGAACAUGUUCCAUUGGCAUAUGCCCGUAAUUAUGUGGCAUACACAGCUCCAAUUGAAACUUCUCACUACCGGAUUUCCUAUUAGAAACUCCUAAAAGCUGACAAUGUUUUUUUGAUUGUGGAAAUAGUCGAUGAUGGAAUAGCACUCUCUAGUUUACUACUUUCUUAAUUUAACUGAAAAUAAAAAUCGAUUGGUGAAUAAAUUUGAAAGUUGUUUUGAA